AUUGUUUCAACUCUAGGACAUGUGCUCUCCUCCUGUUGUCUGCUGUCUUCACCUUUUCCUUUUUUUUUCCUGAAGUCUAUUCAAUGUUGCCUUCUUUCUCAAAAUUUCUUCUCAAUAGUUGUCUGUCUGUGGUGCUUCCUGUCUCAGUGGGGCUAAUUAAGGAUUCACCCAUCUAAAACUGAGGAGAACACUGGCUUCAGUAGACCCUGAAACUCGCUCACCCUAUUUCUCCUGUUAGACAUUAUCUGACAGAACAUAGCUAAUGUAAACACUGUCUGAAUCUGAACUAAAUGUGUUAACUAUUAACUUUCCAAUAGCUCAGAGGAAAUCACCUUGCUAACUCAACUCCAGAGUCUAAAUAUAAAGGAAAAUAAAGACAUUUUUUAGAUUUUGAAUCAUAUUGAAUCUGGUUUCUUUCAAAUACAAAACGCGACGUUUUAGUUCGGAUAUCACGUCCUCACUCGUCAAAUAGGAAAUCUGGAGCGAGGUGGAAAUAAUUUCUGUCUUCAUUAGCAAGGUGAAACAUCCGAUUUAAAGUGCUGUUUCAUUUCUGAAAAAAAAAAAAUUGUGAACAAAUCUUUUAAGUGAACGGUAUUUUUUAAGAAUCGGUUAAGCGAAUAAGGUCACUCGUCUUGAAAUGAAUCAAAAUCCCCACCGCUGCAGAUUUUCACUGACGCGGUGACUUGAAAGGCUGGUUAGCAGAAAUUACCUCGUCCUGAGGGGGCGCGCGGCUCACUGAGUUUAAGUUGAGGAGAUGAGAGAAGCGCCAGUUCAUUCACUGUCAGAUCCCCUCCACGCCGCGAGACCUGUUAAAGUUUGAACCAAAUCAGUUUUAUAUGAGGACACAAAGUGUGGACGCGGUGCAUUAAAUGGACUAUUUUGGAUAACUGUGGACUCUUUAUUCCAUGUUUUUGAGUCUAGGAUUACCUUUGGAUUUAGAUUUUAUGAAUUUUAAAAUAAAAUUCAGAAGCGAUGCGGUCAAGGAUGAAGGAUCGCUUCAUUCAUGUUUUCUUUUUUGCGAAAUGAUCUCGCGCACAGUUUUGUGGGUCUGACUUUUGUAAUUUAAUGGAUUAAAAACGACAACAACUUAUUAAAAGGGGUUCGUUUGAUUUCAGAGUCAUUUUUAGGGCUUUCUCAGACUCCUUAGAGAGAUUUGUCUGUGGAAAGGCAUGUUCCCUGGCUCCACGCCGGUUGGAGCAUCUUUGCGGCUCCGGUCGGGAAGGUUUCGCCUGCGCUGGGACACAUUUGGACCACAGGGGAGAUGAGAACCGCGCUGAUCCACUUUCUCUUCUGCUGCUUCUCUCUGCUUUCAGCAGCCGCUGAGGAAGCACCGAUUCCCCAAGAGCUGAUCGAGAGACUCUCUAACAGCGAGAUCCGCAGCAUCAGCGACCUCCAGAGGAUCCUGGAGAUUGACUUCGUAGAGAAUGAGGUGCUGGAGGACGUUAAACAAGGCCACCAUAAGGAGCAUCUGUAUGACAGCAGAAACCUCAAGAGCUCACACUCUAGACGCAAGAGAAGCAUUGAGGAGGCAGUGCCAGCCGUUUGUAAGACUCGUACAGUGAUCUACGAGAUCCCACGCAGUCAGGUAGAUCCCACGGCUGCCAACUUCCUGAUCUGGCCUCCGUGUGUCGAGGUGAGACGAUGCUCAGGCUGCUGCAACACCAGCAACAUGCGCUGCCACCCGUCCAAAAAACACCACAGGACUGUGAAGGUGGCCAAGGUGGAGUACGUACGCAGGAGGCCAAAGCUCCGGGAGGUGCAGGUGCAGCUGGAGGAUCAUCUCGAGUGUGUGUGCACUUCCAAACAUCACUCAGAGUCUCGCAUACACACAGAUAUAAGGUGAGCAUGGCACUGGAUAAAAGAAAGCAGAGGGCCAUCGCAUCCAAUCAGAUAACUCGGACUGCACGACAGCCAUUGAGUGAUAUCAUCUGAGGAGACGAGGCGGAUGUGAACUGUUUAACAAUGAGCGAAUCAGGGCAGCCUUUUUGGAUUACUUUGGACUUUUGAUGCACCUUUAGAAGGGACCCGGAGAGAGACUUUGGAUUAAAACCCAGGGGAGCUAAGCACACCAAACUAGAGACUGCAAUGACAGAGACUCGCAGAGCCUGAAAACGAACUUCAGUCAGUCGAAAGUACUGAUUCCACAACCUUUUAAAGGAGCAUCUAUCACAACUUUAUUUGUGUAUCAAAUUUUAUUUCUUCAGCAAAUAUCUGUAUCAUCUUAUUUUUGUAACUGGCAGUUUUCUAUCAACACUCAUCUUCUCUUAUAUAUGCCGUAGAAUGAACGAGUACAACAAAAUGCAAUCUACAGUAACUGAUACUAAUAAAGUGAAUACAUUUUAUUCUGUUUGUCUGACAGACAAAGAUGAA